UCUCUCUCUCUCCCUUUUCUCUUCCUCACUCAAAGACAGGAGUCUCCGAAAGCAGCUCCGUAUUUCCCACUAAGCAUCAUUUCAUUGACGUUUUUCCUCUUCCCAUCUCUUGUGUCUUCAAGCACUUGUUUUUUUUCCCCCUCCUCUGAGCUGGAUUUCACAGCUGCUGAGGUGACAUUAGGCGUCUGGACGCAACUGAGGUGCGAAGGACAGAGCAAUUGGGAGAUAACUUUCCCCUCUGCAAUCAGCGUGACACUUAUGCCAUCAGAGGAGUGUUUGUUUUGAGAGAGACUUCUGGAGAAGGAUUUACCUUUGUGUUGAAUUUUUUUCAACCAUUUCCGAUGGGAUGUACGGGCAUUUUCACGGUGGGAGAUUUUUUCCAGCAAGUGGAAAGUUUGGGACGCGGCAUGGCUGAUGGAACUGCAGCUGCCUGCUGAAGCUCUUCCUCCAAUUCAGUCCAGGAAUGACGACGGCGACCAUGGAGCCCGUAGGAAUCCUGGUGGAAAGGGGCGCCAACGCCACCGUCCCACCCGUGAGCUCUCACCAGGACGCCGCCGCUACCGUCACCAUCGGCACCAUCCUCUCCAUCAUGUGCUUCGUCGGCGUCUCGGGGAACAUUUACACCCUGGUGGUCAUGUGCCACUCCAUGAGGACCGCGGCGUCCAUGUACAUCUACAUCAUAAACCUAGCUCUGGCAGAUCUGCUGUACCUCCUCACCAUCCCCUUUGUGGUGUGCACACACUUCCUGAAGGGCUGGUACUUCGGGGAUGCGGGCUGUCGGAUACUGAUCAGCAUGGAUUUCCUGACCAUGCACGCCAGCAUUUUCACGCUGACCAUCAUGAGCACGGAACGAUACUUUGCGGUGCUCAAGCCCCUGGACACGGUCAAGCGGUCUAAAAGUUACCGGAAGGCUAUCGCAGUGCUGGUCUGGGUAGCCUCUCUAAUCCUCACCUUGCCAAUGAUUGUGACCAUUCAGCUUACGACAGUUGGGAAGAAGGCGAUGUGCCUGCCCACUUUAUCCCAGCAGUCUUACAAGAUUUACAUCUCUUUUCUGUUCUGCACAAGUAUCGUAGCUCCGGGAUUGAUCAUCGGGUAUCUCUACAUCCAGCUAGCACGAACUUACUGGAUAUCGCAAACAAAAAGCUUCAAGCAGACCAAGAAACUACCUAAUCAGAAGGUGCUGUACCUGAUCUUCACCAUCGUGCUCCUCUUCUGGGCGUGCUUCUUGCCCUUUUGGAUCUGGCAGCUGCUCAGCCAGUUCUGCCCCUCCUUGCCCCUCUCCACCAAAGUCAAACGCAACAUCAACUACCUGACCACGUGCCUGACGUACUCCAACAGCUGCAUCAACCCGUUCCUCUACACGCUGCUCACCAAGAACUACAAGGAGUACCUGAGGAAGCACAAGAGGUCGUGGUCGGCCGGCAGCUACUUCAACAGACGGAACCGUUUCCAGCGGUCGCCCCGCAGGUCGCCGUCCGCCAGCAGUCAGCAGUGCACCGAGAGCUUCAUGCUCACGCACACGGCUUCCCUGCGCGCUCACAACAGCAGCCUGCGCGAAUGAAACGACGAGAAGAGGAAACAAAUGGAGGGGAAAAUCAAGUGAAAACAGAUCGGAAACUCUUUGCGACGACAGAAGCUGUGAUUCUGUUUGGGCUUUUUGUUUGCGCCGCGACUGAAUGACGACAAACUGUUGGCGCUUUUGACUUUUUCGCAUCUACGUCGGCCUCCUCUGAAGCCUCCUGGUCUAAAAAGAAAAGAGAAACGUUUUAAAGGCUCUCUGUUUUAGUCUCCCUUCAUCUUAUUUUAUUUCAUGUCAACCUGCAUGCAGAAUUCUUCGAAACUCUUCCGAUAGUCGAGUUUGGAUUGUUGGGUUUGAAGGAUGGAAGAGUUACGAGUCAGAAUUGAUUUUAUUGGAUAUAUUUUUUAAUAAUUUAUUUUUAAGAAGAAAGAACAUGUUGUGUAUAUAGAUGUGUGUUUGGAAGUACUUUUUGUCUUGUUGAAAAUAAAAUAAGGGUCAAAAAUAAUAAUAAUAAAAAAACUGGUUGGG